GCUAGCUCCUUUAGGGCUUUUUCUCUUUUACUCAUGUCAAAUUACCUUCUUGUCCCUUGGUGUUUAGGGCUCUAAUCCUAUAUAAUACUUCGUAGGAAGAAGCUCUUCGUCGUUCUUUACUUUUGUCCCGAUCGGAUAUGGAGAGAGAAUGUGGGUCCAAGGAACUGUUCAGCAAAGAGGAGCUGCAAGAAAUAAGCGGAGUCCAUGUGGGAGACGAUUACGUCGAGGUGAUGUGUGGCUGCACCAGCCACCGUUACGGAGACGCCAUUGCGAGGCUUAAGAUAUUUUCAGAUGGAGAACUUCAAAUCACCUGCCAAUGCACUCCCGCUUGCCACGAAGACAAGUUAACGCCUGCUGCCUUCGAGAAGCAUUCUGAAAGAGAAACCUCUAGAAACUGGAGGAACAAUGUGUGGGUGUUUAUCGAGGGAGACAAGGUUCCGCUUUCAAAGACAGUGUUGCUCAGAUACUACAACAAAGCAUUGAAGAACUCUAACGUAUCGAAAGUCAUUCAUCGGGAUGAGUUUGUUGGGUGCAGCAAAUGCGGGAAGGAGAGGAGGUUCAGGUUGAGGAGCAGAGGUGAAUGCCGGAUGCACCAUGAUGCAAUAGCUGAGCCUAAUUGGAAGUGUUGUGAUUAUCCAUUCAACAAGAUAACAUGCGAGGAGGAGGAAGAAAGAGGGAGCAGGAAAGUGUUCAGAGGGUGCACUCGCUCUCCGUCUUGCAAAGGCUGCACGUCUUGCGUCUGCUUUGGUUGCAAGCUCUGCCGUUUCUCUGAUUGUAACUGCCAGACUUGCCUCGACUUCACCACCAACGCCCAACCCAUUUGACUUCAUUUCUAUAACUUCUUUAAUUCUUCUGCAAAAACUUGUAAUGUAUGGUGGAUGCUCUGCAUUUUCUUUAAUCAGUAGAUUGUUACACCUGUUAUGUGACUGGGGAGACCAAGUAGGAAACACAAACAACUGAAAAAAACGACUUGGGCUUG